AUGGGUAAACAACACGACGACACACACGUAGCUUCUUACAAAGCUCAAAACGACGGGCACGAACUCCCAUACUCCCAAGUGCCCACCAACGCUCAGGGAAGAGACGUUCCUCCCCAAGCUCAACAUUCGGGUGACGUAGCAAUCCACCAACACGAUCUGAAGAAGGCUCAAAAUGCUCUACAUGAGGAUCUGAGACCCGAGAACGUACCGAAGAAUAGACCUGACACGGGUCCUCGAAAUGCUAACACCUAG